ACAGUGUAGUGUACCGGAUGUUAUCAGUGCAGGCUGCGUCUGAUCUCCGGGGAACUCGUUCUGCCCUGUAAACAGCCCUGUCACGUGGUCACAUGGAGGGAGAGAUAACUGCUUGACAUGAAAGAUGCCGACCGACAAGUCCCGGUGAUUGUUCUGUUUUUUCUUUGUGUAAGCUGGACAACACUUCAGUAUGCAGAGAAGGCAACGAGGAGUUAAUGCUGGACUUCUAUUAUUAUUUGCCCAAAUUUAUCAAUUUGGGUUCAACAACAUCCCCCCUGUGACACUGGCAACGCUCGGACUGAAUGUCUAUCUUUUUUUGAACCCUUUGAAGAACCUACAUUAUGUUUGUAUUAGUGUACAUGAGGGCUAUCACAGAGGAGACUGGCAACGCCUGCUCCUGUCACCAUUUCACCAUGCCGAUGACUGGCACCUAUACUUUAACAUGGUGUCUCUGUUGUGGAAGGGCACCAAGCUAGAACAAAGGCUGGGAAGUGUACUGUUUGCCCUAAUAAUUGCAGUCUUCUCUCAGCUCAUUGGAGUGGUUUAUGUUCUUCUGGAAUCCAUUCUAGCCGAGAUCAUGGGUGACCCGUCAUACAGGAUGCAAUGCGCAGUAGGAUUCUCUGGGGUUCUGUUUGCCUUAAAAGUUCUUAAUAAUCAUUAUUACCCUGGAGGAUCCACCAAUGUUUUUGGCAUCCAAGUUCCUAACAAGUAUUCUUGCUGGGCUGAGCUGGUGGUUAUCCACAUCCUAUCACCAGGAACAUCUUUCGUUGGACAUCUCUCUGGGAUCCUGGUUGGCUUAUUGUAUACACAUGGACCUUUAGGGACAAUUCUUGGAACUGCAGUAUCUUUUUUUACCAAUGACCGUCCAGCAAGAGGACAAUACUACAACAAUUCUGGGUAUGCUAGGUAUCCAGAGUACCAGUUCCAAACAAACAGUCCUCCGGGGGCCUAUGAUACGUACACUGGAGGGCUUAAUGAAGAAGAACAGCUGCAACAAGCCUUACGGGAGAGUCUUAAUGACCCAGCAGGCCGUGGUGUGCGGCGGGAGCCAUCCUUGGAAGAAAUCAGAAGACGGAGAUUGAACAGGUUUUAAAGCUGAUUCUUAAAUAACAACUAUACUAAGCCUUAAAUAUAAACUGGCUUCAGAGGAAAGUGCAUUUACCGCAUGUGGAUGAAUAAACCAUCGUAUCUUGGACAUUACUUUUGUGAUCAAUAAACUAACUUUUCUACCUAGUACAGUAAAUUUCUAUGCACUCAGCAGUUGUCACUGUGGAGUUUGAGUGGAGUGUCAGGUCUACAAUAUUGCCUUAAUGGAUCUUGGAUUCCUUUUUCUAUUGCCAACUUUUACAUGGAUAAAAAAGGAACUUGCCUUAUGAUGACAUACAAUUGAUGGCUCAUAGUAAUAACCCAAAUGCUGAAUAGCUGAUCUGUUAAGCUAUAGCAGUGGUCUCUAUACUGUGGGCCUCCAGCUGUUGCAGAACUAUCACUCUCAGCGUACCCUGACAGUUGUGCAACAGCUGGAGGUCUGCAGUUUGGAGACCACGGAGCUAUAGCAAUAUUUCUUUCUGAUCUUUGUACUCCACCCAAUUUUGUAAGUAUCCUAUAUGCUCGAGCUGCCACCAUUAAAAUAAUGAACUUUAACCUACCCUCCACUGCUCCCCUGUUGCACCUUUAUCAGUCUCCUGUCUUCUGGUCCCGAUCUUCCUUCCUGGUUUUGGGGCCUGACAGAUCACACUGCGGCUCAUCUAUACGCCAGAUGCAGCACUCUCCCGCCAGUCACAGGCUACGCGACAGUGUCAUGUAACUGGCCCCAGCAUCAGAAAGAAUGCUGUGCCCAGGCCAGUUACAUCACACUGCCGCUCAGCUUAUCACCGGCCGAUGCGGGACAUCUCUGUGGUCAGAGAUUUGAUCAACCGAAGAGUGAUGUGUCAGGCCCCAAAACCAGGAAGAGCACAAGGCCGGAGGAUGGGAGACCAAUAUCUGCAGCUGCAUGUGUUCCCCAUGGUUUCCAGGAUCUCAGUUGCAGUCAUUUAAUUUACCUUUCAUUGUUUGCUUACAGAAAGGGGAAAUCUGUCCUGGUCAUAUGGUGGACAAAUUCAUAGACACUAAAGCUAGGUUCAAAUUGAGGAAUCUCCAUCUAGAAAUAUUCUGGCCAGAGAUUUCGAAAGCUUCCAGCUCCACUAGGACCGCGCAGACAUUAUUGUCAACAUAGAAAGAAUGACCAAGAUCAUUCUUUUUCCGGAGCAAAAGCUCCACUGGUGAAAUUCCAUAAUAUGCAUUGUGCAGCAGAAUCCCAUUGGCUGCAAUAGGUUUCUGCUGAACUGGAAUGUCUGAGCGUAAUUUUUAAGCGUAAUUAGGCUUGGAAAUUCCUUAUUAAGAACCACGCCUAAUUCUACUACAACAAGCCAUGCCACCUCUGUGUCCAUAACACAACCAGGAGAGAAACAAACAAAGAUUUUAAAACCAAGUGAUAAAAAGCA